AUGGGAAUAUUACUGAAACGAAAAAAGCUGUUAAAUCCGGACUUGCAAACACCCAACUCUCCCAAGUCAAACAAGAGCAACGGUCUGCAUACAGGUGGAAGCAGAAAGAGAAACCGAUUCAGUGACCUAUUUUCCCAUCAUUCAUCGCGUGGUUCUGUAGACAGCGCUUCAAUCGAUUCUGGACCAUCUAUAUUGCGUAUGUCACUGAAAACCAGAACCGCACAUAGGCUUUCUUCGCCAACCAGACCAUUCAAUGGUGGAAGUCAAACAACAUCGAUACCGAGAGCUACAUCGCCAUCAUUGCCACAACAAUCAUUACCACUACAGCAAUCAUUACCAGAACAAUCGCCACAGCAACAAAGGCAUCAAGCCACACCCCAAAUAAUAGCACCUCUCGAUGGUGAUGAUGACGACAGCUCGCUAAGAGAUUUCGGCGGUGACGAUUUAGAGGCAACACAGGAUCCUGCUAUUGCUGUCAAUGUGGUUCGACAGGAGUCACGAACAGGAACGAUUGGAUCAUCAAAGGGGACGUUUCUACAUGCACCGCAUUCAGAUACCCAACACUCAGGUCAAUCGUCGUUUACCAAUGCCAGUCCGUCCAAGUCAAAUACUAAUGACUCAAAUACUAAGAGUGAGCCAGGUGGGUUCAUAUCGUCACUCCUAGCGGCAGCAAGUAACAAGAUGUCCACUUUGCAAGAACCAGAGGAAAAGGAGAAGAAGAAGGAACAUCUGUUUGCUUCGAGACUAGACAAUUUUAUCAAAUCAGUGAGACACGAGGAAGAAAAACUUCUUACGCCCAAUCAUCUUCUGGACAGUGCUUCUAUGUCUCCUUCUAAUACUAACGCACAACGGGUCUCAACCGAUGCUGAACACGAUGCAGCUCAAUCAGUUCAAUUCGAACCAGUCCGAGAAUCUCCCUUGAAUACAAUGGGUAAUGGGGACUUAUCACUUGCCGACUUUGAAAAUAACCAGAUCCAAACCAUGGGUUCAAUACCUUCUCAGAGGUCGAACGAUGCCAGGGCAGGAAUAAAGCGUACCAUGAGUCCUAGCCAAAUCAACCGAAACCUACCGCAGGGGAACCAAUUGCAAGCAACUUCAAAUGGAAUGGAUGUUAAACGUGUACAUAGAAUGUCAACCAAUGGUGGCCUGGUACCAGCAAGAGAACGACUGGUUUCGAAUGGAAGAACAUAUAAUGCUCAGUCUCCCGCUGUCAGUCCUAAUGGAACUGUAAACGAUUCGCAAGGGCCAAGCGGUGCUAACAAACCACUGGACCAGGACCGACUUGUUUACGAAUCGGGGUCUGAGAAUGAGGAACUUGACAAUGUGAUUGAUUACAAUGCCAAAAUUAAACACGCACCAAAGAAACGCAAUAAAGAAUUCCACCAAGCAUUCAAGAAACUACCCAAAAGUGAAAAGUUAAUUGAUGACUUUAGUUGUGCUCUUUCAAAGGAUAUACUUGUGCAGGGGAAGAUGUAUCUUAGUGAUCAUUAUGUAUGCUUCAACUCCAACAUCCUUGGUUGGAUUAAACAUAUAAUUAUCCCCUUGCAAGAAGUAAUUCAAAUAGAAAAGAAAUCAACAGCCGGUCUAUUUCCCAAUGGUAUGGUUAUCAAAACCCUACAUCAGAAAUACACCUUUGCCAGUAUAAUAGGUCGUGAUUCAGCCUUUAGAAUAAUCACUAAUGUUUGGCACCGGUUGUUGUUGGAGCAGUCAAAUAUUGAUCCGAGACAGUUGGGUAAAGCUGGAAAGGGUCAAAAUGGUUCAAAGGAUGCCAAUGGCUCAGCGGAAAAUCAAUCUGAUACUGAUGAUGGAAAUACAUCAGAUGAUGAGAAUCUGGGUGGGUCAGACGACGAUGAUGAAACGUCUUUAGAUGAGGAAGAUGAUGCAGAGCUGUCAGAGGGUAAUGGGGACACGACAAAGUCAGCAGAUGUGGCUACUGGCAGUGGUGGAGGUGGGGAAACUUCGGGUGACUCGUCUUCAGGAUUUAACGGGUUCCCAAUUGUUGGACCGGCAACACAUACGCCUACUGAAACUGGGUACAUGAAAGCAUCAGAUGAAACGUUUAUUGCCGAGGAAACAAUCAAAGCACCACCCGGUGUGGUUUAUUUGCUAUUGUUUGGGCCUGAUACUUCUAAAUUUGUGCGUGUACUCAAGGACCAAAAGAACUUUGAUAUUGACGAGUCAGGUCUUCACGGAUUAACUAAAGAGAACAAAAACCGUCAUUACACAUAUAUUAAACCUUUGGGUGGAUCCAUUGGUCCCAAACAAACCAAAUGUCUUCUUGAUGAUGAUUUAAUUGAUUAUGACCCGCAGAAAUGUUACCAAGUAGUGCAAACCACGCAAACCCCCGAUGUCCCCAGUGGUAAUUCUUUUAAAGUUAAGACCAAGAUUUUCCUCAGUUGGGCACAAAACAAUCAAACAAAGAUUUGGGUUGCGUCAUCUAUUGAAUGGAGUGGGAAAUCGUGGAUCAAAGGUGCGAUCGAAAAGGGAACUAUUGAUGGACAAAAAGAUAGUAUGAAGGAUAUGAUUGAAACCUUGAAUACGAUAUUAGUAGAGGGUAACAAUAAGAAGGAUUCUGGUGGAUCCACCAAGCGGAAAUCAACAAGAAGUAAACGUAGUAUGGAAAAGAAGGACAAACCAGAAGAGAAGCCUGUUGAACAAUCAAAGAGUGUUGUUGAGAAUGUCACAGCGUUGGCCAAGUCGAUUGGAGACCUGGUUCCAAUUUCAAUUAUGGACAGUACAAUUUUUGGCUUUUUGAUCAUGCUUUUGACCUUUGUUGUGGUUUUCAUCUUCACCAAUAAGUUUUUGUCUUUGUUAUCCAAUGGUGGUAAAGAUAAAGCCUUGAGGUCGAAGGUGUAUUGUGAUGCUGAGCGCGAGGUUUGGCAAUGGAUCAUUGCCCGAAGUGAGAAUAAGUUGGACAUGAUGGAUGCGAUGAAUUGUAGUCAUAAUUGA